AUGGAUAUCUGCAAAGAUGAAGAAAGAGGGCGUCGGCUGGAGGAACUGGAGAAGGACCUUCUGAACCCUCGAUCAGUGAUCAAUGUUGACUGCCUUCUUGACACAGUUCAAGGACUCAUUUCUGAUUGUGAUCAUCCUGCAUUGAAACGGAUCAAGAACAUAGAUUCAUUCCUCUCUCGCUUUGAGAAAUGCUCAUCCAGAAUUGUGGAGUGCCGUAUGAAACCCGACGACUACAAUGUCAUCAAGGUGAUUGGCCGGGGUGCAUUUGGAGAGGUUCAACUUGUUCGACACAAGUCCACCAAACAUGUCUAUGCCAUGAAACGACUCAGCAAGUUUGAAAUGAUCAAGAGAUCGGAUUCAGCCUUUUUCUGGGAGGAACGAGACAUUAUGGCACAUUCCAACUCAGAAUGGAUUGUGAAACUUCACUUUGCCUUUCAAGAUGCCAAGUAUCUAUAUAUGGUGAUGGACUACAUGCCAGGUGGAGACUUGGUGAACCUGAUGUCUAACUAUGAUGUUCCUGAGAAGUGGGCACGCUUCUACUCUGCAGAGGUGGUGCUGGCAGUUGAUGCCAUACAUCAAAUGGGUUUUGUUCAUCGUGAUGUAAAGCCAGACAACAUGUUGAUUGAUAAGUUUGGUCAUCUUAAGCUUGCAGAUUUUGGGACAUGCAUGAAGAUGGACACUGAUGGCUUAGUACGCUCUGACACUGCAGUUGGAACUCCAGAUUACAUCUCGCCAGAAGUCCUAAAGUCUCAGGGUGGGGAAGGUUUGUAUGGUAGAGAAUGCGACUGGUGGUCUGUAGGAGUCUUCUUGUAUGAAAUGCUUCUAGGGGACACCCCCUUUUAUGCAGACAGUCUUGUUGGAACAUAUGGGAAAAUCAUGGAUCACAAGAAUUCUCUCCACUUUCCUGAUGACAUUGAGAUCAGUCGUAGUGCCAAGGACCUCAUCUGUGCAUUCCUCACUGAUCGAUCUAAUCGCCUUGGACGAAAUGGAGUUGAAGAGAUCAAGAGUCACAGGUUCUUUGUUAAUGAUCAAUGGACUUUUGAUACCAUUCGUGAUACAGUCCCACCCAUUGUACCUGAGUUGAGUGGAGAUGAUGACACAAGCAACUUUGAUGAAGUCGAGAAGGAUGACAGUCCUGAAGAAUUCUUUCCUCCUCCGAAAGCAUUUGCUGGCAAUCACUUGCCAUUUAUGGGUUUUACAUAUUCUGGCGAUUAUCAGCUCCUAAGCAAAUCUAGUGAUGUCCCAGAUCACAACCAUGUUCCUAUGGGAAACAUUUCGCAGCUCCAGGAGGAUCUGAACCGUCAAAAGAUACAUGCCAGUGAGUGGGAAGAACGAUACCACCACUUGGUGACUGAAGCCCAAAAAAUGAAGGACAAGGAGAUUCAGCUAUUAGAAACCAGUCGGCAGCUAGAGAAGCAGCUGGCCUUGAUGACUCAUGAUAUGAAAGAGGCACAACGCAAGGCUGAAAAUGAAUUGGAAGCUCGGAAAAAGAUUGAAGCAAUGCUGCAAGAGACCAAUCGUAAGCUAGAGGAUGAAUAUAAUCGCAGAAGUCGAGAACACAACAGCACUCUCCAGAUCAAUGAAAAAAUCCAUUCAUAUGAGAAGCAGAUUCUGGAACUUAAGGAGAAAUUGAAGUCAGAAAAUGACACUGUCAUCAAACUUAAAAAGCAGAAUGCAGACCUGUCAGUGUCAAACUCUACAAAGGACCAAAGUCUGCAGGAAUUGCAGGAGCGUGUCAGCAGGCUGCAACAUACACGAGAUGAAAUUGAGAAAAACAACCUAAAUUUGAAGGCCAAGCUCGAGCAGGUGCGAAACUCUAUGACACAGGAAGGUGAUAGGGUACGUGAAUUGGAGAAUAAAAAGCAGAGCUUGCAAGGUGAAUUAGACCGAUAUAAAGAGAAUGAGCGCCGUUCAGCUGAAGACAACCAACAACUGAGGGAACGUAUUGUUGAUUUGGAAAAGCGUCAAGCCAUGUUAGAAGUUGAACUUAAAGCUGCAAGACAGAAGUACCAAGAAGAACUCAAAGCACAUCAAGAUGCAGUCAACUCCUACAAAACUGAGAAAACCCGCAUCAUCAAUGAAGAGGGGGCCAAUGUUGAAGCAGUCAAGUCACUCCAAAUGAAGCUUAACGAAGAAAAGCAGCUGCGGCAGAAGGCUGAGCAUUUUAACCAGGAAAAAGAACGGCAGAUGUCAAUGCUUUCAGUUGACUAUCGCCAACUGCAGCAGCAGCUGCAGAAAGUUGAGGGAGAGCACAGACAAGAAGUGGAGAAGGUUCGUGCCAUAUACAUUCAGCUUGAACAAGAGACACAACAGAGGAGUUUAUUGCAGUCAAACAUGAGUGUGGCCUCUUCUGAAAUCUCAGUACUCAAGGCUCAGGAGAAGCAGCUUCAGCGGGAAAUUAAUGACUUAAGAGAUGUUCGUAAGAACCUAGAACAUCAGGUGCGACAGCUUCGAGCUGAGAGAUCUCGUGAUGACCUGCAAAUGAAAGAACUUCAGGAUCAACUGGAAGCAGAGCAGCAUUUCUCUACCCUGUACAAGACGCAGGUGAAUGACUUGAAAGAGGAACUGGAAGAGAAAGCCAAACAGUUGAUGGACUUAGAGGAAGAAAAUAAGUAUUUGGCUGAUCAGCUACAGAGGGCCAUCUCAAGAGCUGAUGAAGAAGCCUUGGCCAAAAGUGUGGUUGAAGAAAAUCUGGCUGAUAUGGAACGAGACCGUAUCAACAAGGAAUUUGAGGUCAAGAACACAUUGGAGGAGAUGAAAAAUGAGAUUUCUAACAAGGAAGCAUCUUUGGUUGCCCAGUUCAAGAGUAAGGAAAGUGAAUUUCGUAAAUCUGUUGAAGCCCUCAGUAAAGAACGGGACCUGAAGGUACAGCAGAUCAAGGAAAUGGAGGAUCGCCAUGCUAAGGAGAUGAGUGGGGCAAGUGCAGUUGAGAUGCAGAAGCUGCAGCGUCAGCUGCAACAAGAAAGCAUGCUGAAAGUCCAGGCUGUGAAGAAGUUGGAGGAGAUCAUGAACCGAAAGGACAAUCCGCUGAAAGGUCGUAAUAAGGUCAGUGGUGCUGAGCUACGCAAAAAGGACAAAGAAUGCCGAAAACUGCAGCAAGAGCUGAAUCAGGAACGGGAGAAGUUCAAACAGAUGGCUGAUCGUUGCAGCAAGGAACUUCAGGAUAUACAGGCAUUUUUGAAUGAGGAAACUCAAUCAAAGGUCAAGCUGAAGAUGGAGCUUGACAGUAAGGACCUGGAAAUUGAGCAGUUGCAACAAAAGCUAGCACUGUUGAACAGUGAGACAAUUUCAGUUAGCAGUAGCCUUGGAGAAAAUGAUGGUGAUGAUGAAGGGUCACGACUUGAAGGGUAUCUGUCAAUUCCAAACAAACAGAACAUCCGUCGUCAUGGCUGGAAGAAGCAAUUUGUAGUUGUGUCAUCCAAGAAGAUUUUCUUCUACAAUUCUGAGAGUGAUAAGGUUAAUGCUGAUCCAUCACUCAUCUUGGACUUGGAUAAGGUUUUUCAUGUGCGUUCAGUGAGCCAAGGUGAUGUCAUUCGAGCUGAUGCCAAGGACAUCCCAAAAAUCUUCCAAAUUCUUUAUGCUGGAGAAGGUGAAGCACGGAAACCCGAUGAAAAUUUUCCUCCACCAGAUGUGAUGAAGUCUGAUGACAAACCUGGCACCUAUACGCAUAAAGGGCAUGAACUGGUUCAGAUUUCAUUCCAUUAUCCAACACCAUGUGAAGCAUGUGCUAAACCCAUGUGGCACAUGUUCCGUCCCCCACCAGCUCUGGAAUGUCGCCGAUGCCGUGUCAAGCUCCACAAGGAGCAUCUGGACAAAAAGGAAGAAGUCUUGGCUCCAUGCAAAGUCAAUUAUGAUUCUAACACUGCCAAGGAAUUGUUGUUGAUGGCAACCUCAGUUGAGGAGACACAGCAGUGGGUGUCCAAGUUGGAAAAGAAGGUCCAGAAGGGUGGAUUCAAGGCCAACAAGGAAAGUCGGGACAGAUCUGGCAGCGAUUACAGUUCAAGCGGUUCCAAGCUGAAAUCUCAUGAUUCCAUGCACUCUACAUCAUCAGCAUCACAGAGAUUCCAGUCCCCUGCAAAAAGUGCCACACUGCCAUCAAACACCAGUCUGAAGAAGUGA